AUGGCACUGCCAAACAUGGCCGGCGACGCCCUCAGGGUAGUCGACCUCCCGGGCCGCGGCCGCGCGCUCCUCGCCGCCCGCGACAUCCUCGAGGGCGAGGUGCUCCUGUCGGAGUCGCCCAUCCUCCUCUACCCGUCCUCGCUCGCCUCCCUCUCCUCCUACUGCUCCGCCUGCUUCCGCUCGCUCCCACCGCCGCCCCACACCCCCUGCCCUUCCUGCCGCGCCGCCGCCUUCUGCUCCCCUGCCUGCGCCGCCGCCUCCCACCCGCGCCUCCUCUGCGCCGCGCUCUCCAGCGGCCUCGCCGCCGCCCCCGAGGCGCAACAGGAGCCCCUCCUCUUCCUCCUCUCGGCCUACUCGCUCCAGGAGCCCUCUCUCAGCGCCAUCCUCUCUCUCUCCUCGGCACCCUCUCCGACCCAGCAGCAAGACGCCGCGGGCCUCCACGCCGCGGUGGCGUCGGUGGCGCCGCCGCACACGCUGCCCGCGGGCUUCUCGCUGGACCUCACGGUGGCUCUCCUCUCCAAGGACCGGACCAACAGCUUCUCGAUCCUGGAGCCAUACCGCCCCGACGUGCCGCUGGAGGUCCGCAAGGCGCGGUGCUGCGCGGUGUACCCUCGCGCGUCACUGCUCAACCACGACUGCCUGCCCAAUGCUUGCCACUUCGAUUAUGCCGACAGGCCGGGGCCAGGGAACACGGACAUCGUCGUGCGCUCUCUCCAUGGUAUAACAGAGGGGAAGGAGGUUUGCAUCAGCUAUUUCGCGGCCAAUUGGAGGUAUGCUGACAGGCAACGCAGGCUGCUGGAGGAUUAUGGGUUCCGGUGUGAGUGUGAUCGGUGUCAGAUUGAGAGCAAGUGGAAGUUUGAUGAUGAUAAUGAUGGUGCUGAUGGGGAUGACACCAUGGAAGAGGAGCAUGGCAAGGAGGUCGCUGAAGAUGGCGGUGAUGAGGGGAUGGAGCAGGAGGAAGGGAGUGACGACGAUGACGACGAUUUCCCGCAUGCCUUCUUCUUUGUGAGGUAUCUGUGUGAUCGUGAGGACUGCUAUGGCAUGCUUGCGCCGCUGCCACCCUUACCGAACGGUGAGCUGUCCCAUGUAUUUGAGUGCAAUGCCUGUGGGCAACUGAAGAAGGAGGAAGACGAGGAUGAGCCUGAUGCUGGUGAUUGCAGCAUGGACCAGUAG